AUGGCGUUCACUUUUGCAGCGCUUUGCUACUUGAUUGCCCUCAUUGCGGUCGGUUUCUGCAUCUUUUUCGCGAUUUAUACGGUGAUUUGCAUUGAUGAACUCCGUACGGACUACAAGAAUCCGAUUGAGCAAUGCCGGAAUUUGAAUCAGCUCAUCCUUCCUGAAUACGCGAUCCAGGGGAUCUAUACGAUUCUGUUUGUGUUCAGUUGGCAGGUGAUUGCGAUUCUCUUCAAUCUUCCACUCGUCAUCUAUCACAUCUACUCCUACUCGAACCGUCCGGUCAUGUCAGGCCCUGGAAUUUACGAUCCGACCACCAUUCUCAAUCGUUCGACGUUGUCGACGACCCUUCGGAUCAGCUGGAUCAAACUCGCUUUCUACCUUCUCUCGUUCUUCUAUUACCUCUAUGCCAUGAUCUACACUUUGGUCACCUCGGCAUAA